AUGUUUUCCAUUCCGAACGUUGGAGUGUUGCUGUUUGCGGCAAUGGCUGCUUCAGCCAAUGGAUUCUCUCUGCUUCCGUCGCAGCAGCUACAGCCCUUGGGAGGCGUUGCUCCUCUUGCCGCCCCCCUUGCAUCCAAGCCAACCCGAAGAAGAGCUAGCUGUACUCUCGUUACCCACAGUCCCUCGUCUUUGACCACUUUGCACAUGUCCGAGGUUUCCACUUCUUCCGUGGCAGCGGAUGAUCUGGCCAUUGGCGAUCAGGCAGCCGAGUCGGAGCUGCUGAGUGCAAGUGUUGAAGAAAUGGUUUUAUCACAGCAGCCACAAGACACCCUUGAACGCAUCACCCAAAAACUCCAGCAAAUUGAUAUCAACGAAGUGAUCAACACUACCCUCAUUGUGCUGGUAUCCAUUGCUGUGUGCUACAAGUUAACCAUGGUCAAUGCCGGCAUGACUCGCGGCUGGAGUCCUGAAGAGAUUGGCGCUCGGAUGGCUGCUGACAAUUGGGGUGGAUACCUCAACGUCCUUCGCGAUAGUCCUGUUUCCACCAAGGCAGUCACAUCGGCUACCGUAUACACCAUUGGGGAUGUCAUUGCCCAAAGAACAGAAGGGGAAAGCAUAGGAAGCUUGGAUCGACCACGAAUUCUACGAAGUCUCUUGGCUGGAUUGAUCGGCCAUGGUCCCCUGUCGCACUGCUGGUACAACAUUUCCGAAGAUCUUUUCAAUUUUCUUCAUUUGACACAAUGGUGGUCCUUUCUACCCAAAGUGGCCAUCGAUCAGGCUACGUGGGGACCUUUUUGGAACAACACAUACAUUGUCAUGUUGGGCCUCAUGAAACGAGAAUCUCUGGAAUCCAUCUGGGAAGAUAUCAAGAGAACGACCAUCCCUCUUGUGGUGUCAGGACUCAAGUUGUGGCCUCUGGCCCAUUGCAUCACAUAUGGGGUCAUCCCAGUAGAGAAUCGACUGAUAUUGUUGAAAUUGUUUGGGUCACAAUUUUGGCGACUCAAGCUGCAGGAGGAGGAAGUGCCAACAAGGAGGAUUCCUCGGUUGCCAGUAGUACCGAACCAGCCCUUGCCGCGGCGGACAAGUAAACCGGUUCAUCACAAGAAUGUGCAAUACCCUACAACCAAAAACGCAACAGUUAGAGUACGAUAUGUGGCUGAGUGUCUGAUCAAUUUUCAUGUAUCCUAUCCAGUCGCUCAGUCAUCCUAUGAUACAACAAUUAACCAAGCUGCAACCUGCUCAUCAAGGCACGGAUUGUAUUGCUUUACCUUGUACCACCCUUUCGUUUACACGAUACAGAGUAUUUAG